CCACUCUAGCUCCCCCUUCUGUUACUCCAAAACUGAAAAGAAUGUCAAACUUCUUAACAACCUCUUCACAUUCCCCAUUAAAAUUACCCUACCUCUCUCCUCCUCUUUCCUCCACAACCUUCCCAUUACUUCCGAGCCCGCGAAAUGCGGUGGCGGUGUUCGCAUUGGCGGCGGUGUCGUCGCCGGCUAGGAGGACCAGCAGGAGCAGGAGCAGGAGGAGACAGAAGCCCGGCAAGGACGACGACGGCGACGCGGCGGCCGCGAUGAUGGCGGCCGUGUCGAGCGCCGAGAAAGGGCUGAGGCUGGUCUUCAUGGAAGAGCUGAUGGAGCGCGCUCGCAACCGCGACGUCCACGGGGUUUCCCAGGUCAUUUACGACAUGACCGCCGCCGGACUCACCCCCGGCCCGCGCUCCUUCCACGGCUUGGUCGUCUCCAAUGUCCUCGUCGGUGACGACGACGGUGCCAUGCAUGCAUUGAGGAGGGAGUUGAGUGAAGGCCUUCGUCCUCUCCAUGAAACAUUUAUCGCUUUGAUUCGCUUGUUCGGUUCUAAAGGUCGUGCUAUUAGAGGCAUGGAAAUUCUUGCAGCAAUGGAAAAGCUGCGCUUUGACAUCCGCCAAGCUUGGUUGGUGCUUGUUGAGGAACUUGUUAGAAGCAAUCAUCUGGAAGAUGCCAACAAAGUGUUUCUGAAGGGUGCUGAGGGUGGACUGAGAGCUACUGAUGAAAUGUAUGAUCUUCUGAUUGAGGAGGACUGUAAAGUUGGGGAUCACGAAAAUGCUUUGACCAUAGCUUAUGAAAUGGAGGCAGCUGGGCGGAUGGCGACAACAUUUCAUUUUAAUUGUCUUUUAAGCGUUCAGGCUACUUGUGGAAUACCUGAAAUCGCUUUUACCACUUUUGAGAAUAUGGAAUAUGGAGAAGACUAUAUGAAACCGGAUGCAGAUUCAUAUAAUUGGGUUAUCCAAGCAUAUACAAGAGCUGAUGAAUAUGAUAGGGUACAGGAUGUUGCUGAGUUACUUGGCAUGAUGAUUGAAGACCACAAACGCGUGCAGCCUAAUAUGAGAACCUAUGCGCUACUAGUCGAGUGUUUUACCAAGUACACGGUAGUACGAGAAGCUAUUCGUCAUUUUCGUGCUCUUAAGAACUUUGAAGGGGGCACUGUAAUUUUGCAUAACGAGGGGAAAGACGGAGACCCACUUUCACUCUAUCUUAGGGCACUAUGUCGAGAAGGAAGGAUUAUUGAGUUGCUCGAAGCUUUGGAAGCUAUGGCCAAAGAUAACCAACCAAUCCCACCCAGAGCCAUGAUCUUGAGCAAGAAAUAUCGGACUCUAGUUAGUUCUUGGAUUGAACCUUUGCAAGAAGAGGCUGAACUUGGAUAUGAGAUUGAUUACAUUGCCAGGUACAUUGCAGAGGGGGGGCUUACAGGUGAGCGCAAGAGAUGGGUUCCUCGGAGAGGGAAGACUCCUUUAGAUCCUGAUGCCCUUGGGUUUAUCUUUAGUUACCCAAUAGAGACCUCCUUCAAACAAAGAUGUCUCGAGGAAUGGAAGAUAUAUCAUCGGAAACUGUUGAAAACCUUGCGCAAUGAAGGACCUUCAGUUUUAGGAGACGUAUCUGAAACUGACUACUUCCGAGUUGAGGAGAGACUUCAGAAAAUCCUCAAGGGGCCUGACCAAAAUGCCUUAAAGCCCAAGGCUGCUAGUAAGAUGUUAGUAUCGGAGUUCAAGGAGGAGCUAGAAGCACAGGGUUUGCCUACUGAUGGAACCAGGAAUGUUCUGUACCAACGUGUCCAGAAAGCAAGAAGAAUUAAUCGCUCAAGAGGUCUUCCCCUUUGGGUACCCCCUGUUGAAGAGGAAGACGAAGAGGUUGAUGACGAGCUGGAUGAGUUAAUUUCACGAAUCAAGCUUGAAGAAGGAAACACGGAGUUUUGGAAACGUCGUUUCCUGGGAGAGGGGUUAAACCAUGAGCAUGAGCAUCAAAAUCCCAUUGAUGUAGAGGAUUCAGAGAAUGCAGAUGUCUUGGAGGAUGCCACUGACCUUGAAGAUGUUUCAAAAGAGGUUGAAGAUGAAGAAGCAGAUGAAGAGGACGAUGAUGCGCCACAAACUGAAAGCCAAGUAGGGGACAGGGUUCUGGACAAAGAAGUUGAAUCUGCAAAGCCACCUCAGAUGAUUGGAGUCCAGUUGUUGAAAGAUUUUGACGUGAGAGCUUUCACAUCAAGACAGUCAAGGAAAAAGUUUGCUCAACUGUUAAUGGCGAUUGAUGCUGAUGAAGACUGGUUUCCAUUAGAUGUACACGAGGCCUGUAAGGAGCUGAGGGAGAGGGGAUUUUUUGAUGUAUCUGAUAUGUACACUAUUGCCGAUGCUUGGGGUUGGACUUGGGAAAGAGAACUAAAGAACAAGCCUCCACGACGAUGGUCACAAGAAUGGGAAGUCGAGUUGGCAGUAAAACUUAUGCUGAAGGUCAUAGAAUUGGGCGGGACACCAACUAUUGGGGAUUGCGCCAUGAUACUACGUGCAGCUAUACGAGCUCCUAUGCCCUCGGUUUUCUUGAAAAUUUUGCAGACAACACACGGUCUUGGCUAUGUGUUUGGGAGUCCCCUUUAUGAUGAAGUAAUCACAUUAUGCCUUGAUCUUGGGGAACUUGAUGCAGCCGUUGCUAUUGUUGCAGACUUGGAAACAAGUGGAAUUACAAUGUCAGACCAAACAUUGGAUAAGGUUAUUUAUGCUAGACAGGGAGGCGAUAGUACUGCUGAUGAUGCACCAUGACAGGUGUAAUCGAGAUAUAUGUAUAUAUUACAGUGUCUACUGUAUUCCAAAGGUCAUGUUGGCAAUGUAUUGGAAAUGUGAAGAAAUGUCUUGGCCUCUGUUAUACUCCCAAUUUUGGCUCUUUUCAGCUAUGUUAGGAUUUUGGAAAUGUCUAAAGGAAUGGGAAUUAGAAUUAGUUACUCAGAAAAUUUCACUGGGUUCUUUUACAUUGGUUUAUAGGUUAUUUAGAGAAGGGGUUGGAAUCCUUCAUAAAGUUUCAUGU